CAAGGAAAAACUUUCGCGUAAAUAAAAUUUCGGUCGCGAUCGCCUGCUUCGGUUUCCGUCGCGAGUUUUCUAUUUCGAGCAAAUCCGGUCGUGUUCCGCCGGUCGAAAGUGGUCCGUUCCGAGCCCUGGCCGGUCCGGCGGCAUGGAAGUAUCGAAUGCGGACGGAAUCCAUCGGUGGAAAGCCCGCUAGGCGCAGGAAAUUCGAAGGCAAAUUUGCACCUUCGCUGGAAGCAAUCAUUCAUUUUUUGUCUGCUUGUUCAAAGGAGUAGUUGGUUGGAGGAAGCAGCCAAAUAUAGGAGAAAGGCGCACCACCAACAAAAACCCGCUGCUACGGGGUGCACCAGAGCGAGAAAGAUAUAUUCAAACGCGCAAACUAUUGUGAAUUAAAACAAAAACUGACCAAGCAACGUGAACGUUUGCACGUGGCUACGUUCCAUAUAACGCUGGCAGCAUCUCUGUAAUAAAUUAUUGUAAUAAACCAUACAAUCAACACGAUGUCCAAGUGGGGAAAAAAUCACGGACUGAUCGUUCCGAUCGAUUCGCUGUUAAAGGAAAAGGAAAACACCAACCGGCCUACGCCGCUACGUUCCGCCGGUCUUGUUGGUCGCUGGGGUAUCACAAGUUUUACCUCGAUUCGAAACACGACCUAUGAAUUUGAGAGCACCAGCCCAAAACAAUCGGAAGAGCUCAACUGUUCCUCUAAUUUGGAGAGCCUGUCCACGCAGGUCCCGGCGGCACCGAAGCCGAAGAAAUUCUUCAAAAGUCGUAACGUACUACCGCCGCCCACUCCCGAUCCACAUCGGCAGGAUGCGGCGGUGCCACAUCAUCACAUGCAGCAGGUUCUGCACCAUCAGGCGGCACAGCUACAGGCCCGCAUUAACCAGAAAGCUGGGGGUAGUCCGCCCUACAGCCCAGGGGCCGCUUUCUAUCAACCUAAAGCUACGGCGUCGUCAAAAUCACCGGGUAAAUUCGAAGAUAAACCCGUUGUUGCAGCAAAGAAACGAGGUCGCAAGAAAAAAAUUAAACCCGAAGAACAACCAGUUGUUGAAGGAGAAGAAUCCGCUGCCCCCUUAGAAAUUAAACCGGAAGCAAAGACGAAAGUCGAGCCCAAAAAGGAGAAGAAAGAAAAGAAACAGAAAAAACCGAAAAAGGAGGUGGAAGCUCCUCCGGAAGCUCCCAGGCGAUCAUCCGGCCGCAGUCGGAACGUUGUAAGCUACAAUGAAGAUGACGACAGUUUCGACAGUAUAAUUCGGCUUCGGCAGGGAGCACAGGACACUCCUCCGUUGGGCCCCUCGAAGCUGGCUGGCGAACCGCCAACUUUAGAGGAAGCCGACUCAGAGCAGGAAGAACAAGCGGAAGAACCCGCUGCGGAAGCAGCUGUACCAACACCCGCACCAGUUCCAACUGUGCCGGUACCGGUGGCUGUCAGUCCGGCUGCUAAGUCUGGUAGUGGAAGUGGUGCGGAAGAUCGAGUCGUUAAAACCGUUAAGAUACCGGUGCCGCUGUCUUCGCCCUCUGUCGUCGAACAUCCACCGAUUGUACUACGGAUAUCAAAGGGAACCUCCCGCCUUGUAAGCACCGACAGUGAAGGUGUCUACUCACCGCCACAUGCUGCCCCCCUGACGCCUGCUCAUCAUUCGGUUCCGACGCCUCCAGUCGUGACAACUCCCAAGCGACUCGAACAGGAACCUCCAGUAAAAGUUGCCAGUCCUGCUACGAGAGCACCUUCUCCUCCUCUUCCGGUCGAAGUAGAAUCACCGGCACCAGAAUCGGCAUCAGUCCCCCCGGUAGAACAGCAACCGGAAGUUGAACCCCGCAAAGACGACUUGAAGAUAAAAAUCUCACUCAGCAAGAGUCUAAUAAGCAACGGAAGCGGCAACUCUUCGAGCAAAAGUAAAAAGGAAAGCAAGAAAGAGCUUAGGCACUUCAAGAAGCGAGCCAUCGCUCGGGAGAAGGGUCGUGCCAGCAAACGGGCCAAACGGGGAACGGGUGUCGAAGAAUUUGAUCAUCCCGAAGAAGAAGAAGAAGUCGUUAACAGAGAUGAGGACCUUUUGGCAGGUGUUGCAGACGAUCUACGGGUAGACCCCAUAGUAUUACCCAUCAGUAGACCAACAUUCCCGCUACCGGGAACGGAUGCCUACGAGCUGUACCGAACCUUAGCUUCUCCAUCCGGUAACGAUGAUUUCGACUCGCAGAGUUCGAUUCUGGGUAGUGCUUCGUCGAAUAACACUCCGCAACAUGCCGGCGCAGCAGCGGCCGAAGAUUGUCGAAUAAUCCAUAGCCGGGGAUCGAGUGAUUGUGGUAGCGAUCUUGAACUUUCGCAAAAUAGUCAGAAUAGUCAAAACAGUUCGACGGCGGCGGCACCGCCCUCAGAAAUAAAUUUUGAAAGUGAAAAUACACAGGACAACAAAGAAGAAGAGCCGAAAGAUCAGACCAAGGUGGUUGAGGAAACCAAAGAUCCUCCACCACGUGAAGAACGUGUUCAAGUGCUGAAGUUAAGUUUAAAAGUGACGAAACCAGCGCGAGCUACUCGAAGCAGCAAAAUGAAGCAGCAUGUGGAAGUGAUAACGAAACCCGAACCGAUUCCGGUUCCAACGGUUGUACCUUCUUCGGUAGAGCCUCCGGUGAAAAAGUUCGGUCGUUCAACGCGCAAUCGCAAUAAUAACAAUAAUGUCGUUGAAGCCGUUGCUGAACCACCCAAAACGAAAGAACCAACACCGGAACCCGUUCGGGAACCAUCACCACCUCCAGCUCCUGUCAAAGCUGCCACUAGGCAGUACGGGCGACGAAAGAAGAACGUCGUGCCCGAAGACUACCAACCGGAUCCUUCACCAUUGACUAGUCCAAACCGACAGCCCGUCAUCGAUCCACAACCUGAUCCAUUCACCCUAGCUUCCGGAAGUGAAACCAGCGUGGUGCAAAUUCCCUCGUCCAUUAGUUCCGCAUCGACCGGACUUGAUCUGACGACCAGCGCUUCCCGAACCGCACCUCCCCCGACGACAGUCCCAACUCCGUUCCAGGACGAGAACAAACCCGAACCGACAGAGUACAAAAUCAAGAACAAAUUCAAAAAGUCCUACUUCCGCAGCGAGGAAUUGGCCAAACAGCAGCAACAACUUUUACAGCAACAAGAAAGUCGACCACUGGCAGAAACCCCCGGAAACGGUCCGGCAAGUGGUGUUCCCUCGGCUGCCCCUGCCAGUACCCUCACGGUACCACCAAUCACCAUUCCCCUCAGCUCUAUUGGAGCAGCUUCAGCCGAACCAAGUCAACAACAACCCGUGAAAUUGGUGAUCUCUAAAAAGAAAGGAAGUAUCUUCAAAAGCCGACCGUUGACUGGAAGUGCCGAGGCGGCAGACAAAAAACGACACAUGUACAAACACAAAUGGGACGACGAUGGUGAUGGAGACGGUGGCAAGGACAAGGGAGACCUUGCGGAUGGUGAAAACGAACAACAAGUUGACACCUUUGAAGGAGAACCGUCCGGAUUGUCUCGCGUCACCAGGAUACGAAACUCUGGCGGCGGCAACUCUUCAAUGGACUUCGAAGACGACGACUUCGAGGUGGACAAUAAACUGCGCUGCGAUCGAGGAGUCAAACCCUUCUACACCGUAGUUCGUAAUGUGAAGAACGCCCACCAAAUCCAGGAAAUCGGAGAAUUCCAAGAGAUGGAUGACGAUGUAGAGUACAUUCUUUCGGCGUUGCAGCCGGACAAUCCGAGCGCCACCCGGUGUCUAUCGGCGAUGACGCUCGCUACCAAGUGUAUGACCCCUGCCUUCCGAAUGCACGUCCGCGCGCAUGGCGUGGGGACACGCAUCUUCAAAGCCCUUCGAGACGCACAUCUGGAUCAAGGUCUAGGUCUCUGUACAGCUGCCAUUAUGUUUGUCCUGUCGCAAGAUACCCUGAACAUGGAUCUCGAUAGGGACUCACUUGAACUGAUGCUAAACCUCCUGGACACCGACCAUCGAUCGGGAAGUACCGAAGGUGGCAUGACUCGCGGACAACUGGAAAAGAACAAACAGAAGGUCCGUGAACUUUGUGAGGAAAUCAAAAACUCCGGCAAAGCAAAGCACAUGGAUUUGGACCACUUCUCCGUUGGAUCUCUAGCGAUGGAAUCACUUCUUUCGCUCACCUCCAAACGAGCGGGCGAUUGGUUCAAAGACGAGCUGCGGAACCUCGGUGGCCUAGAACACUUAAUAAAAACGGUGUCCGACUGUUGCAAGGAAAUCUCUGAUUACGUCGUCGAGUGGACCGACGAUCUACUCUCGAAACUGCGUAAAAUCGAACGCUGCCUAAGGGUACUGGAGAAUGUUACCCUGCUGAACGAACAAAACCAGAGCUACAUCCUGAACUACAACAACGGCAGCCUCAUACUGACGCUGGCCAAACUGUUCAAGCUGAUCGACAGCGAAGUGGUACUGUACCCGACUAACGAGUCAACUCCCAAGGAGGAUCGAGGAGCGGUGCUGCGGGAAGUUAUCCCACCGGUGCUCAAGAUCUUCAUCAGCUUAACCCACCCCUUCAAUGAAGCUGCUUACGGUGCCACUGUGUUGGGAUCGCAGCCGCACGUGAUCGCCACCACGUUGCACCUGUUGCUGCGGAUCGGUGACUACGUGCCGCAGAAGUUGAUCUUCGAGAUCAACAUCCUGGUGCUGUUGUUUCUGAUCAAUCUGACCAUGUACACCCAGGCCAAUCGGCAAUUACUGAUGACGGCGCGAGUUCCGGACGAAUUUAACAAUCCUUCCUCCUCGUCAUCGGUGCCCGCAUCUUCAGAUGGAACCCAGAUUGCCAUACAGGCGCUGGUCGAGUACUUCUAUCGGCAGGAUGAGUUGGCGAGGUAUGCUGAGAAAAAUACCGAUGCUAUCCUGGACGCGAAGUCGAAAACACGUGAAGACAUUGAGGAAACUGUAACUAAGUUGCUACAAAAAGCCGGUCACCACAUGGAACACACACUGAUGGCCAGCUACGUGUGUCUGCUGAUCGGUUGGAUCGUGAUCGGUAGUGAGGACAACGAACGCAUCGUUCGGACCUACCUGAAGGACAACAACUUCGUGAUGAUGGUAACGUCGCUGGAAAAGUACUACAACUUCCUGAACCUGACGGCCAAUUCCGACGCACUCAGUCUUCAGCACGUGCGCCAAACCAAGAACAUCAUCGACCAGCUGAAACGAUUGGAUUCGGCGGAACGAAGCACGGCCGAGCCUUCCACCAGUCGUGGCCAUCUGCAGCAAUCGGAAUCCUCUACUUCCGCCACUUCCUCCAGCAACGCCACCCCACAACGGUAUGGAUCUCGUUCAUCCAAUCGGCUGCAUUAUUGAUUGCGGAAGUAAGGUCCCCCCGCCUCUGAAUCCAUUUAUGUGUGGGUGGGUGGACCCCAAGCUUAGCCUUUUAGGAGAGUCAUCAAAACCGAAUGUUCUCAUCGACGCAAGUACACACAUUCAGAUUUAACUAUUUUAUUGUCAACGGCAAAAUUUUAGUGAGUGGUUUAAUUGUAAAGGAAUAUUUAGGAUUUUUUUAAAUGAGAAAAUAUAAAUACCCUAAAUGAUUUUGUUUCUGUGCUGCAAUUAGACUGGUUGAAUUAAAUUUUAGUUUGUUUUGUUGAAAAAACGCUGAUCGAACUCGUAUGGAAACAAUCUUUUAUUUUGCACUUGUUUCAACGUUUCAUUACCCUUGCAAAAAAAAGCAACAAUCCGUCGACGACUAGAGUUUUUCUUUUCGCAGAAUUCAAUAGCCAACAACAAUCUAGAAUUAAGUGUGUAAAAAUAAUUAUAAACAAUGUGGUUGUUUCGUCCCCUCUCUCAUCCUUGCAUGUUGUCUGCUUAUUCAGAAACCUCUAGCGAUAAAGUAUUUUGGAAUGAGUCCCACUCUCUGUUCACACAAACACACCGUUUUUUCUCUCCUUAAAAAUACUUUAAAUAGGACCGUAAGAAGUUGUCGAUCGUUGUCGUCUCCCUAGUAUUAGCUUCCAAAAUACCCACAAAAUUCUCAAAACGUUAAGCAAAUGACCACUUUUUUAUGGGAUAUUAGCUUCUUGUUCGUUUUCUUUCAAAAAACGGACAAAUAUCAAAUAACAACAGAUGAUCAAUGUGGGUAGCUCUGUACAGUUAAAAGUAGCGAUGUUAGUUGAGUAGAAAUAAUUUAAACGGCGAAACAAAACCAGAACAAAAAAAAAUACCAGGUACGUUAGUUUUGGUGAUGCUUUCAUUAAUAACAAAAAGAGACGACAGAAAAAAAAGCUAAAUCUAAAAACAACAUGGAAAAAAUCACACAAAAACUAAGUUCCGAUUUCGAACAUUUAAUCAAUCGACCGGCAAAGCAAGACGCAGCAUCAGUAAUAAAAUUAAAAUAAGACAUAAAAUGAAUGUAAAUAGUAACGAUUAAUAUAUACUUAUAAAUAUAUGAACUGUUUAAAUUAUUAAGAGGAAAUCAUUAAUAACAGAAAAACCCGACAGAGAUGCAUAGAAAUACGAAAAGAGAAUCACAUUUUUUUUAAAAUAAAGCUGAGAUGUAAAAUCAA